AUGGCUUCUGAACAAUUUCAUCGUAUUAUCCAUUGGACAGAUGAUCUCUUCUUUCGGUCAGAAAUUCCCCAAGACGACAGCUUCCCGAACUCCGGAGCAUAUCAGCUUCAGCAAGUCCAAUUGGACGUUCAAGUGUACCAACUCCGUACACGAUCAGAGCAACAAAGCUCGCAGAAGUCCCAUAUACUCGAGGAUUCAACAGUAGCUGGAGAUAGCGUCGCUACGGCAAGAGUACUGGCCUUACCGAGCAUAGAUCUGGAGGGACUAUGGGAGACGUAUGCUAAUCUGCUAAAUCUCCCAAGGGUGCAAGUGACUGAUCAUUUGCAUAGCUUGGAUUACGAUCAACCAGUCCAGUCAACGCUUCUUUCGGCUAUAAGCAGGAUGGGUGAGUGGACCAUCAAUUGGAACAGGUUGAUACUCAUAUGGGGAUCACCAGGAAGUGGGAAGACGAGCCUUUGUCGCGGUCUUGCCCAGAAGCUUGCAAUACGCCUGGGAAAGGAUUAUCCCCAGAGCAAGCUAUUUGAGAUCAACGCAUAUUCUCUAGGAAGCAAGUAUUUCGGCGAGAGCAGCAAACUGGUGAAUGGGAUGUUUGAGAACAUCGAGACGCUCCUUCAGGAGGAAGAGGAUACAUUCAUUUGCGUGUUCAUGGACGAAAUAGAGUCCUUAGUUGCUCGGAGAGACCGGGCACUGAGUAGCAAUGAGCCCUUCGACGCCAUUCGAGCAGUCGAUGCGGUACUCACAGGGCUGGAUAAGCUGAAGGAGCAUUCGAAUGUUAUCAUUGUCUGCACCAGUAAUUUGAUUACGGCGCUGGACCAAGCCUUCCUUGAUCGAGUAGACAUCAAACAAUACAUACCGCAACUAUCCAGCAGACCUAUAUAUAAUAUCUACAAGGACUGCCUAGAGGAGUUGAGCCAAAACGGAAUCAUUGAGGGUGUCUCAUUCAACGUGGUCCAAGUUACUCCGGACGAUCCCCAGACGGCUUUGCAGUAUGUGGAGCAGGCUGCGGAACACCUCAUCCUCCCGACUUUUGACGAAGUGCUGCUGCACUAUGGAUCGUUCCCCGACGCUAUACCCACGCUACUUGCUAAUGCUGUUUAUGAAAGCGAGGGGCUUAGCGGUCGCACGGUUCGAAGACUGCCCGCUCUAUCGUUAGUUCUAUAUAGUAACGGUACCCGAUGCGAUAUUCGGACAGCAAUUGAGGCGCUGCGCAUGGGAAUAGCGUCGGAAUGGCAGGCUAAGAUGGAGGCGAUGAUGACUAUGGCGGAAGAGCACCUCUCGGGAACAACACAAGCCAAUGGCCAAUGA